AGUUGCGGCCCGGGCCGCAACCUGCAGGGUUACAGCAGUUGGGGCCUGGGCCGCAACUGUAGAGGAAUGAUGACGUGGAGGGGACUUGGGGCCGGAAAUGGGGACGAGGUUAAUGAUGCCCUUAACACAGCAGCGUGUCCUAGCUCUCUCUCUCUCCGGCGAAUUCAGCGUCGCCUCCUUCCAACCGCCGGUUCCCCGUCACCGGCGUCGAAGUGCCUUCCUCGCCGUCUCCUUUCCCCCACACAUUCAUUCCCUAAUUCAAAACUUAAAUCCCUAAACAUCCCAUCUCUCUUUUCUUCCUCACACAUAGUUUUCAAACUCGAUGCGCCACCCUCGGCUUGGGGCCACCGUGCUUCGCCCGUGAGCCAUUGUCGGCGCUCGCCCCUCAUUUCGCUGCAGCAUCACCCCCGCUACGCCCCAGUCCAACCACCUCUGUCGGGCUGUCUGCGAUCAUUUCCCGAGCAGCAGCUAGGACACUCUGAAGCUCUCGUUGCAAGAGGGGAGAGGUUGGAGCUGGAAAAAUAUUUUCACAGAUUAUACUCCAAGGACUUAAAUGGAGAUUGCUUUCUUGUUGCAGCUCUUGCAACCUAUUGGGAUUUGGUCAAGAUUUUGAUUAGGGUUUGCAACUGUUAAGAGUGGAAGAAAAGGAUGCAGGGGCAGACUUGCCCUGAUUGGGAAAUGGAAAAGAGGGAUGGGCUUCGAAGUGGCUGAUCUUCAAGCUAUUGGGCCGAGCAUAAAAGAAUUUGGGCUCAAGAGAAAUUAGACAUAGCCAAAUACUUGUACUUUAUAUCAUUAUGGACUUGAUUGCUUAUUUGGAGUUGAAUUCCUUUGUACUAAAUGAAAUUUGAGAAUCUUAUUGAUCGAUCGUAAA